AGUUUGUUUUAAAGAGAAAUUUAAAGUAAUUAAAGUGAACUAAGAUGGAAAAUGAACAGCCGGGGGCUGUAGUAGCGCCUGCUACAACAUCAGAUCCUUUAAAGACAGCAGAAAGCAUUGAAAUGCCUGCAACUACCGAAAGUCCAGCAGAAGUCUCACCACCAAAUGACGCAGAAGUAGCAACAGCUACAGAUAAGGUGGAAGCUACGCCGCAAACAGAGACGGAAAGUGUGGCUGAAAAACCAGCUGAAAUUGAGCCAAAGUCAACAACUACGGCGGCCAAUAACUCCAACCAUGUGGAAAAUGAAGACCAAGAGAAAAAAGAAAAAGUCGUUGCCAAUGCGGAGACGCCUGCUGUAGCAAUGGAUUGCGAAGAAGGCACACCUCAGUCCCCGCCAAAUGUCGAAGUAAUUUCAGAAGUAGUCCCGACAAUUGUUCCUCAAGCAGAGAAGCAGGCCACAAUUCAGGAAAUGGAUUGCCCAGCAUCGACCACUCCGGAUCCCAAGUCAAUUGUUCCUCCAGUGGUCUCAGAAAAUGGCACAUCUGACACCGUUCCAGAGUCUUUAAAUCCGCCUCGUUCUGGCCUGAGUUUACUGGCUGCCUACAGCUCCGAUGCCGAGUCGGACUCUGAACAGGCCACCAGAAUCGAUGACAGCGACAACAUGGUGGUGGAGGUGCCUUUGACAGGUCCUGCCACUGCUACCACCUACCGCCGUCCAGUGGUGGCUGUUAGCUCCGGGAGCGAAAACGAGAAAAGUAGUAGCAGCAGCGACUCGGAUACGGAAUCUGAAGGCGAAUACCUGACAGUUUUGCGCAAGAAAAUUGAUAAGAAAAUCAACACCGAAGACUGUGAUGAAGACGAUGAGGAUUUCGACGAAGACGGUGCGACAGGGGAACGUCGCCGCCGGCAGCCACCCAAAGUGCGGGGUGAAAUGCUGUUGGAUGAGCUACCGCCCAUCCACCAGUUGGAAAUUACAGUACCAGAAGACGAGUGCAUUGAGCUGGGGAAGGUCCAUUCCAUUGUCGAUCAACUGGUGCUGGUCAGUGUUAUCCCCAAUUCGAUGCUAUUCGAUCUGGACACUGUGCUGUUUCUGGAGAAAGGUCGCAAGGUGCUGGGCGAGGUUUUCGAUGUGCUAGGACAGGUCUCCGAUCCCCUCUACUGCGUCCGCUUCAAUACUAAUCAGCAGAUCCAAGAGCGUGGCAUCAAAAUCGGUGAUGUUGUCUACUGUGCCCCCAAAACAGAGCACACUCAAUUUGUGAUCCUCUCCAAGUUGAUGCAGGUCCGCGGCUCAGAUGCUUCAUGGGAGCACGAUGUGGAGCCACCUGCUCGCUAUAUCGACUAUUCCGAUGACGAGGCAGAGCGCGAGGCCAAACAGGAUCAGCGCAAGAGGCGCCAGCGAGAUCGCACCAAUUCCACGGAUUCGAUUAGCUCUGUCUCUACGCAGGCCACUGAGGCAUCCUCGGCUCCGGCACCAUCUCCACGCCAGCGUGGACGCCGUGGGCAACGUGAUAGCUAUCAAAAUCAGCGUCAGUAUCAAAAUCAAUCCCACCAGGGAUCCUCCCAGCAGCAGCAGGCACGGGACUCUCAGUACAAUUAUCAUCCUAGCUAUAAUCCCGGCAGCUGGCACUCGAACUACUAUCACAAUUAUCAUCAGCCGGCGGCCAAUUUUAAUAUGCCGCAGCCGGGCAUACCUUAUCCAAUGCCGCCAGCAGCCUAUGGCUAUGGGAUGCCCUAUGCCAUGCCACAAAUGAUGCACAUGGGUCCGCCGCCCCCGCAUCAUAUGUAUGCACCACCACCACCGCCAUCGUUUGCACAGCCACAGAACAGGCCACCACCGCCAUCUGGAAGUUAGAGCUGGUAUCUCUAUCUACCUUCAAAAUUCUGUGGAUUCUCCUCUCUCUUUAUUAUUCCAAUAAAAAAAUGGUUCUUAAACAA